AGCCUGACGAGCCCUCGCGCCCCUCGCCGAGGCCAAUCCCAGCGGUGCCAUCGGCAGAGCCACGUCUGCCUGCUCGUCCCACGGUGCCAAAGAAGGAGAAACCCCUGGAAGAUGAAGAGUGCCCCAAAGUCCUGACGAAGGGCCCCUGGGCUGAGCUCGCAGGAGCUCCCGAAGCUGUGACAUGCCAGCCCCAGGUGCGACCAGCCCCCGGGCCCUGCACCCACCUGCUGCAGAACGGAGCUGGGAAGGGGCUGGAUGCAGGUGGUGCCAACGGGGAGGCAGCGAACGGGCUCUGCCGGGCCCUCCCCAGCUCGCAGAAGCCUCACCGAAAGCUGCAGUCACACCACUCCAUCAACAGCCAGAGCAGCAAGAAGAGCAAGGGCAGCUCCAAGUCAGCCUCUUCCCACAUCCCUAUUGAGGCACAAGAAGACUGCUGUGUCCACUGCAUCCUCUCCUGCCUCUUCUGCGAGUUCCUGACCCUCUGCAACAUCAUGGACUGCGGCAUCAUCGACGCCUGCUGCGAGUCUGCCGACUGCCUGGAGAUCUGCAUGGAGUGCUGUGGGCUCUGCUUCUCCUCCUGA